AUGGCAUCCUCCCUUGUUGCCGUCGAGGCUACUCUGCUCCUCUGCAUCCUCGUUGCCCAUGCCCAUGGCUGCUGCGCCAAGAACCACGCGCCUCCUCCUUCCCCGGCCGUCAAGCAACCGCCCUACAGGGCCACUCCUCCUGCGGCCAAUUCCAGCUGGCUCGACGCCAAGGCGACAUGGUACGGCGCACGCCAUGGUGCUGGGCCCGACGACAAUGGUGGCGCGUGCGGAUUCAAGAACGUCAACUUGCCGCCCUUCUCCGCCAUGACCUCCUGCGGCAACGAGCCGCUCUUCAAGGAUGGCAAGGGCUGCGGCUCGUGCUACCAGAUAAGGUGCUUAAAGUCAGAUCAUCCUGCAUGCUCCGGUGUGCCGGAGACGGUGAUCAUCACGGACAUGAACUACUAUCCAGUCUCUCCUUACCACUUCGACCUCAGCGGCACAGUCUUUGGAGCCAUGGCCAAGGACGGCCGCAACGACGAGCUUCGCAAUGCGGGCAUCAUUGACAUGCAGUUCCGAAGGGUGCCGUGCCAGUACCCGGGGCUGGCGGUGAUGUUCCACGUGGAGAAGGGGUCGAACCCGUUCUACAUGGCAGUCCUGGUGGAAUACGAGAAUGGCGACGGCGAUGUGAAACUGCUAGAAAUCAUGGAGUCACGGCCGGACGCUGGCAACGGUGGUGAGAUGGCUCCAACUGGGGAUUGGGUCCCCAUGAAGGAGUCGUGGGGUUCCAUCUGGAGGAUGGAUGCCCGG